GUGUCGUGCGGUCCAAUGGGAGGCUGCCACACUGUGGUUAUCGGGGGUCCUCGCCGCUCGCGUGAAACAUCCUCACCGACGUCCAUCCCUUUCUCUCUCUCUAUCGACUAGUCUGCGCUUGGCCCGGUCCGAGGAGAUCACCGCCUUCACGACGCCCCGAGGAGCUGAAGAAGGAGGGCUGCGAACGGACACGAUUCGCACAAUUUUUUAUUUUUUUUAUUUAAAAAGUUGAACGUAAAUUUAAAUAGAGUUUAAAGCAUUUGAAAUAAUAAUACAAAAAAAAAGAAGAAGAAGAUGUUCAAGGUGUUUUUUUUGGCCGCUCUCGCCGGCUCCACCUGGGCCAGCGAUGUGUUCGACUACACGGAUGAUGAUUUCGAGAGCAGGAUCGGGGACCACGGACUCGCUCUUGUGGAAUUCUUCGCCCCUUGGUGCGGUCAUUGUAAACGGCUCGCACCCGAGUACGAGGUGGCCGCCACCCGUCUGAAAGGCUUCGUCUCCCUGGUCAAGGUUGACUGCACAUCCAACAGCAACACAUGCAGCAAAUAUGGUGUCAGUGGCUACCCGACCCUGAAGAUCUUCAGGGAUGGAGAUGAAACUGGUCCCUAUGAUGGUCCCAGAACUGCAGAUGGUAUUGUCAGUUUCCUUAAGAAGCAGGCUGGACCAGCUUCCGUGGAGCUCAAAGCUGACGCAGACUUGGCGAAGUACACGUCAGACCAAGACGCCAGUGUUGUUGGGUUCUUCGCUGAUGACAAGAGCACCGCACAGGUAGAGUUCAUGAAGGCAGCCAGUGCCUUGAGGGACAACUACCGGUUCGCCCACACCAACUCCGAGGCUCUCCUCCAGAGCCACGGCAUUGAUGGAGAGGGAAUCGUCCUCUUCCGCCCACCGAGACUCAACAACAAGUUCGAAGAAAGCUCCGUCAAAUACAGCGAGGACAAAUACACCAACAACAAAAUAAAGAAGUUCAUCCAGGACAACAUCUUUGGAAUGUGCCCCCACAUGACCGACGACAACAAAGACCAGAUGCGAGGGAAAGAACUGCUGGUGGCUUAUUAUGAUGUCGAUUAUCAGAAGAACCCCAAGGGCUCCAACUACUGGAGGAACAGGGUGAUGAAGGUGGCCAAGGGCUUCCUCGAUCAGGGCAAGAAGCUGAACUUCGCCGUGGCCAGCAAGAGCGCGUUCAGCAACGACGUGUCGGAGUUCGGCAUGGACGCCAGCUCGGGAGAACUGCCCCUGGUGGCCAUCCGCACCGUCAAGGGAGACAAAUACGUCAUGGCCGAAGAGUUCUCGCGCGACGGUAAAGCUCUGGAGCGUUUCCUGCAGGAUUACUUUGACGGCAAUCUGAAGCGUUACCUCAAAUCAGAGGCCGUCCCGGAAAACAACGACGGCCCCGUCAAGGUUGUCGUGGCGGAGAACUUCAACUCCAUCGUCAACGACGACGGCAAAGACGUGCUGAUCGAGUUCUACGCUCCGUGGUGCGGACACUGCAAGAGCCUGGAGCCCAAGUUCAACGAGCUGGGAGAGAUGCUCGCCGGUGAUCCCAACGUCGUCAUUGCCAAGAUGGACGCCACAUUAAACGAUGUGCCGACUCCAUAUGAAGUCAGCGGUUUCCCCACUCUGUACUUCGCCCCAGCCGGAAGCAAGAUGAGCCCAAAGAAAUACGAGGGAGGUCGCGAGGUGAACGACUUUGUCGCCUACCUGAAGAAGGAGGCCUCCAACCCCUUGGUGAUGGGGGAGUCCAAAAAGAAGGAUGACGACAAAACGGAGCUAUAAAAAAGCAAAAAGCUCAUAACAGGAAGUCGACGUCAUCGCCACAACGGGAGGAGGAUUUGGGGGGGAAAUCAAUGAAAGAAAGAACUAAAUUAUAUUCCACUCUUUCUUAGUGAACUACCGAAUGCUCUGAGGCCAAGUCGGGGAAAAAAGACGCGGCCCUCCUUUUUUUUUUUUUAGCUCCUCCGCUCUGUGGAGAGGUGGUGGCCCAAUGUUUAAAAACAAAAACACAUUUUUAGGGAAAAAGGGGACAUCUUUUUGAAAAUGUAGGUUUUUAUUUCCCCUGGUCUGUCUACUACACCUCAGGCUGAUGCACUUUGGUUUGACACCAGUCUCCGGUCAUCUGUCACUUUUGGUUUUUGUUGUUGUCACGGGGGGAUAAGUGGUAUUGGUGAAUAAACAUUUUUUUUUCAGUA